AUGUACUUGCCCCACCCUCAUGUACCUGCCCCGCCCUCAUGUACCUGCCCCGCCUUCAUGUACCUGCCCCGCCCUCAUGUACCUGCCCCGCCCUCAUGUACCUGCCCCGCCCUCAUGUACCUGCCCCGCCCUCAUGUACCUGCCCCGCCCUCAUGUACCUGCCCCGCCCUCAUGUACCUGCCCCGCCCUCAUGUACCUGCCCCGCCCUCAUGUACCUGCCCCGCCCUCAUGUACCUGCCCCGCCCUCAUGUACUUGCCCCGCCCUCAUGUACCUGCCCCGCCCUCAUGUACCUGCCCCGCCCUCAUGUACCUGCCCCGCCCUCAUGUACUUGCCCCGCCCUCAUGUACCUGCCCCGCCCUCAUGUACCUGCCCCGCCCUCAUGUACCUGCCCCCCCCCUCAUGUACCUGCCCCGCCCUCAUGUACCUGCCCCGCCCUCAUGUACCUGCCCCGCCCUCAUGUACCUGCCCCGCCCUCAUGUACCUGCCCCGCCCUCAUGUACCUGCCCCGCCCUCAUGUACCUGCCCCGCCCUCAUGUACCUGCCCCGCCCUCAUGUACCUGCCCCGCCCUCAUGUACUUGCCCCGCCCUCAUGGACCUACCUCGCCCUCACACCUGUGUCUCGUUAG